GCGGACGCGGCAGCCGUGGACGCAGGACCUCCUGUGCGGCCACAAGACACGAACGGCGGUCAGGGCCAAAGCCCGGACGGCGAUGGAGGUCAAGGCCCUGAAGAAGGUCAGGGGCAGGGGACUGAUGUAGGCCAAGGACAGGGUCAAGACGGCGGUCUCGGUCAGGGACAAGAUGGCAGUCUGGUUCUGGGACCAGACGGUAGUCUGGGUCAGGGUCAAGGCGUGGAUUUGGGCCAGGGACAAGAUUUUGGUCUAGGACAAGGCCAGAAUCCCGCCUUUGGACAAGGGCAAGGGCCUGACUUUGGACAAGGGCAAGGGCCUGACUUUGGACAAGGGCAAGUGUCACCUACUCCUGUACCUACCCCCAGGCCUACUCCCCAACUCCUACCUAAGCCGCAACCUCAGCCCCAGCCCCAACCCCAGCCUCAACCGCAGCCCGACCAGCGCCCCCCGCCCCAAAGCUUCUACCCUGGCUUGAAGCCGUGGCGGCCGUGGGGUGGCGCCCAGGCCAAGCAGCCGUGCAGGCACCCGGGCGGCCCCGGGGGCGGAGCGGGAGGUUGGGGCGCGCACGCCCACGGCGUGCACCCGGGCUUCGGCUGGGGCGACUCGUGGGGGCAGGCGGGC